UCUACAAGUGAGAGACUUCACUUCAGGCACGUCAUUGCUGGAUGAGGAGACUAAAACGGAAUCGGGAUCUCUUCACAAUAACUUCAAAAUAAGAAGAAAGUAACAAAACAAAAGAAGCACGACAUCCAGUGCGUAACGUUUAGGAAAACUCGUAAGCUACUCUUAUUGUUGUUGAUUCGGAGCUUGUGAGAAGAUAAACGAAUUGAAUCUAUUCUAUCGGACGGUAUUUGCACCUUCUCUGGAUGUGGUCGCACGGUUUUUCACGUGAAAGUAGAGUGAAUUUCGAAAGGACUAAAUUGAAUGUUAAUUACACAUUGCUGGCGGUACUGGGGCUGCAUCCAGAACACACGCGAAGAGAGGAUAGCAGAGAGGCGUGCGCUUCUGGUGUAUAGAUGGGGGGAAGGAGAAUAAGUAGAGCCUACUAUUUCCAUGUAAAUAAUGGCUUACCAUUGAGCUUUCUUUGAGGAUUUAACGGCAUCUGCAAAAAAAAAAAAACGUUUGUUUGAAAAAAGUUGACAGCUCAUCUUCCAUGGAGGUUCAUUGCAAUUUUGGAGACUUGAUGUGUGACAAAAACGGACCGCACAAACGGAUUGAGCUCCAGGAUUACGGUUAUGUGUUGCUCCACAGUAAAAUGUAGCCUGACAUGUUUUAUUGGUGCCUAUGGAAAUUUGAAUGCACAUUUUUCAUAAAACAAAGGCAGAAGCCACGUUUCAUGUGUAAAGACACAGACAAUGUAUUUAUUUUGUUAUGAUGCGAAUGCAUUUCUAUUCAACAAGGUUUUGGGAGGAGUCGUGAUUAUGUCCAAAUCGUCAUGCGACACUAUUCUGCAAGAUGAUCGUUGUGAUGAGCAUGGUGACCCAACCUCCAAAUGAGCUUGUCCCCAGGCAAGAGGCCAAGACUACAUUUUCCAUCUAAUUGUCCUGACUUCAGGUGAUUGGAAUCAUGGGGUGAUUCCCAUCUCUACAAGCUGACAGAAACAUGGAUUUGAACUUCUCCAUUGUCCGUGACAGCGAGAAUUUGCCAGAGAGAAACUCAUCCAAGCGUGUUCUGACAGGCUGUUUUCUCUUUGCGCUCAUCCUGACCACACUGCUGGGGAACACACUGGUAUGUGUUGCCGUCACCAAGUUCCGCCACCUGCGUUCAAAGGUCACCAACUUCUUUGUGAUCUCUUUGGCCAUCUCAGACCUGCUGGUGGCCAUCUUGGUGAUGCCAUGGAAGGCAGCGACGGAGAUCGUGGGCUUCUGGCCCUUCGGAGCCUUCUGCAACAUCUGGGUGGCAUUCGACAUCAUGUGCUCCACAGCGUCCAUUUUGAACUUAUGUGUCAUCAGCGUGGACAGAUACUGGGCGAUCUCAAGCCCGUUCCGCUAUGAGAGGAAGAUGACACCCACGGUGGCAUUUAUUAUGAUCAGUGUGGCAUGGACUCUGUCCGUGCUUAUCUCAUUCAUCCCUGUGCAGUUGAACUGGCACAAGGCUGCAGUGUUGGAGCUCAACAGCACUUACGGGGAGCUGCCUCCGGACAAUUGCGACUCCAGCCUUAACAGGACUUAUGCCAUCUCCUCCUCCCUCAUCAGCUUCUACAUCCCUGUGGCAAUCAUGAUCGUGACUUACACCCGGAUUUACAGAAUUGCCCAGAUACAAAUCAGGAGAAUCUCAGCCCUGGAGAGGGCUGCGGAGAGUGCCAAGAACCGCCACAGCAGUAUGGGGAACAGCUCCAACAUGGAGACGGAGAGCUCCUUCAAGAUGUCUUUCAAAAGAGAAACCAAAGUCCUAAAGACCCUCUCUGUCAUAAUGGGGGUGUUUGUAUGCUGCUGGCUGCCCUUCUUUAUCCUCAACUGCAUGGUGCCCUUCUGUGAGGCCAACAGCACCUCUGAUUUCUUCUGCAUUAGCCCUGCUACAUUUGACGUGUUCGUCUGGUUCGGCUGGGCCAACUCCUCACUCAACCCCAUCAUAUAUGCCUUCAACGCGGACUUCCGCAAAGCAUUCUCCAUCCUGCUGGGCUGCCACAGACUCUGCCCGGGCAGCAAUGCCAUAGAGAUAGUGAGCAUCAACAACAAUGGAGCUCAGCCACCUGCGUCCCAGUAUCAGCCUAAAGGGCACAUUCCCAAGGAGAGAAACAAUGCCACCUAUGUGAUUCCCCACAGCAUCCUGUGUCAGGAGGAGGAGCCGCAGAAGAAGAAUGAGGUUGGGAUUAAGACCUUGGAGAAACUGUCCCCGCCUCUUCCUGAAAACUUGGACAGCGAUGCAGAUGUGAUUAAUCCUAUAACUCAGAAUGGCCAACACAAAACUGUGAGAUGUUGAUUGGUGUAUGUAUUGGUAUACAAAAAUAGAAGGAACCCACAGAGGGAGAGACCAGGCAGAAUGCCUAGCAAAGGUGUGGGGUAUACAAACUGAGCUUCACUGCAAACCUUAAAUCUCUAAUCACUAUGGAAAUCUACAGAAUGUUUCAAAUGAAGGCACUUUAUCCCGGUUAACUAUCUGCAAAACACCUUCAGCAUUUAUUAAUGAAGUAUAGACAGAUGUGUUGCUAAAUGUUCCAUAACUUGAAUAAAGAAAAAAUAAAUACACACAUGUAUACAUGUGUUGUAUUUACAAAUACGUAUACAUUUGCAUAUAUGUACAGUAGUGAUGUUACAAAUAUCCUGGAUGCCAUUAUAACAUGGAGAAAGAAGUAGAAAUAUUAGCUAAAUGUCUUGUAAGUGCUUUACAUUUAUGUAUACAGUGUGUUUCAUAUUCUCCGUUGAACUAUAAAGAUAAUUGGUUUUGCUAAAAAAAAACAUUAUGUCAACCGCA